CCGAGUCUGUAAAACAAUGUUAUCAUUGUCUAUCUGAACCCUUGUAUGAAUAAGUGUUAUGAUAUUGCUGAUACCAUAAUCAAUAAUGACACCGCUAAUGUUUAUGCGGGUGCUCGUGCUAUUGCCAGCUGUAGUCAAAGCGAAACGUAAAAAUAUUUUGAAACUUGAAUUCUCGCGAUUUCACUCACCAUAAAGUUACGGAAUGUUUAUAUAUCGGAUGGCCCAGAGUAUGGAAAAAAUUACAUUCAGUAUUUAAUUCAGUUCGUUCCAGGCAUGCUGAACUUGACGACGCCGGCAAUUACUAUUCCAUACAGCGGCUUUCAGAUUCAAAUCUUCAAUGCGUCGCUGACCUCUUCUAACCCAGUCUUUUGCUACCUGCCGACCGGGAUUCUCCUUCUCGACACGGCUGAAACUAUCCCCAACAAUACGACGGGCAUUCGUUCAGUUUCGAUGGAAUUCAGUUAUGGGAUGACGACUUCCUGCGUCAGUUAAAUAGUUUCCUGCUGGGACGUACCGGAAGCCCGAGUGUAACAAUCUUACCGGUCCCAUUCAAAUGGCUGUGCAUGCGAUAUUCCACAGAACACGGACUGUGGAAAUAUGUGACAACCGAAUGGCAAGCAAUAGCACACCACCCGCAAACGGCUUGCCAAAUUUAACGACCCCGGCAAUUACGAUUCCAUACAACGAGUUUCACAUUCAGAUCUUUAAUGCGUCGAAGACAUCCAGUAACCCGGUGUUUUACUAUCUGCCGACGGGAAUUCUUCUCCCCAACACGGUGCAGAUAAUAGCAAACAAUGCAACGGACAUUCACUCUGUUACGGUGCUGAUUCAAUUAUGGAACUAUCAUUUCCUGCAGAAAAUAUGUUCCUUCUUGAUCGAGCGCACCGGAGACCAGAACGUCACCAUUUUACCGGUCCCUUUCAAAUGGCUGUACGUGCAAUACUCCACGGAACAUGGAUUGUGGAAAGAGAUGACCACUGAAUGGCAGCCCAUUGCGCACCAUCCACAAUCAGUUCCGUUGCGUAUUCGCUGCGCCACCAUGCUAGAAUGCGAACACAUUAGGGAGUUGAUAGUGCACGGUCGAACGAUCGCUGAGCUUUCUGUGCACCUGCACUUCGCGUACGAACGCCCAAAGACGAGGAAAACGACGCUAAGUGUCGAUAACGACCAUCUUGUCGGAUCCCCGGCUUUCAAUACUCUGACAGAGCACUUUGCUGGCCAAACAUAUGUCUACCUCCAAAGGCCAGAUUACUACAGUUUGAUUUAUGAAGUUCUAAUGGACUGCAUUGGCGCGGUUCUGGAAGCUGAUGAAUUUAUUGACGACCAGCAAAUAAUCAGUUUUAUGAUGAAGAUGUUGCCGAUAUUCCGCCGAAAUAUAACCUCUACUGGGGAAUUUACCGACGCGAUGUGGGCGGCAACGUACUGGCCGGACGGGGGCCAGCGACCCGAUCAAAUGGCACUACAUCUGCAUAAUCUAUUCAGCAACCGCACUUGGCUGCGACAGGCAAUGAUGGAUGGAAAUAUCACUUUUAAAACGGAUGGGUUUUUACAAUCCGAAGCAGUAACUAGUGCACUGAGGGAAUUAAAACCAAAUAAGAACAUCGUUCGGUGGGAUGGCGAAAAAGUCAUUAUCGCGCCAACAAAAAUGUACUGCCUGGAUUUGGAGAAGUUGAGAGAUCAACAACACUUCCGGACUUUUCCUAUACGCACUAGUAAGGCUAGUGCGCAGCAUGUCACCAGUCUAAUCCUGCCGGAUAUCAGUGCAAAAAUCAACCUGCCGGAAACGGAUGGAACCGCCUACUUUUUCCUGAAGCAGAUCGAAGCUAUCAGUAAUGUGUGGAUAAACAUAACCGAAGCUGCCAGUAAACGUAUUGAAGAACUGUGCAAUAAUACCCACAAGGAAAUGUUACAAUGGAAAACAAAAAGCGACAACACUAGCAACGCUCUAACGGAAUCAACGAUGAACCUGACCCAAAAUAUCGAUCAGGUUAAGCAUAACACCGGAAAUAUUCCCGCUCGCAUCGAAGCACUGUACAAUAACACCGCAGAAGAACUGUCGCAGUUAGCAUCAAAGGUCGAAAGUAUCGCAACAAUAGCAGCGGAAAUAAAGGAAAAGGUCAUCAGUAAUAUCGACCAUACUUUAGCAAGCAAUGCAGGUAUUAUGGCACAAAUCCAAGACUCGCACAGGAUGGCAUCACACGAAGUGGCAAAGCUAGCAAACCAAUCGGAAACAAUGAAAAACUGGCUAAUGAAUUUUUCCAAAAUAUAUGCAAACGAAACUAUAAAAAAUGGAAAAUUAUUUGCACUUGCAAGCGACACGAGCAGAAAUGUCAUUUCUGCCGUUGGCGAAAUAGUGUUUUUUGGGAGGAAGAUUGUGCUUCUGGAAGGAAAUGUUUCAAAAACUAUCCAACAAACCACUGCAAGACUGGAAAGCAAAGUCGCCGGCAUCGGUUAUGGGAAUGAAUGCCGUAUUUUGACUGAGCAAUUUAAAACAUGGCAGACAUCAGCAAAAUCAGUUACUCUACCGCCAAUCCUAAAUCUCAAGUGCCCCGCCUGCGAAACAUCGGCGAUAAUCGGAAAGCUGGAUACGCUGCAGCAGUCGGUGGACAAUUCAUCCCAGCUAUCCUGUCCCACGCAAGUAACGCAACCAUUACCAUCCUCGAUUAAAUUCCAGAUUUGCGAAAAGGGGUCUGAACACAGAUUUCACUGGCAGGCCCGAAAAGUAGAAGACGCGUCAUCCAUUGGGAACACAGUGUUAACCGCUACGCUACACAGUAACAGCUGCGCGAUUUUCCGCAGGGUUUUCGUUUUGACGAACAGUUUCGGAGAAUUUUCUUUAGCAUUGCGAGGAAAUUGCAGUUAUACGAUAGUUUUCAACUUGCUGGAAUACCGUACCAUUACGUUUCCGGUUUUUGAUUACGAUAUCAGUUCCAGCGCUGACACGUUUAUGGAGCCACUAAUUUUCAUACGCACAAAAUUUAGCGGUAAAUAUUACGCUAUAGAAAAAGUGAUUUUGGACAGUUCGGCACCUGAUAAAAAUUUGGCUGGAACAUCCAUAAAACUGCGAUCAGGCUUGAGAAAUUACAAUGGAUCUGUGGUUGCUGAGGACCAAACAGAUGAAUCAGGACUGUGGGGAGCAUUCCUUGAAACCGGCUACUAUACGGCUACUCUCUAGAGGAAAAAUUAUCAGACGGAGUCGUUGACAGUCGUCGCAGUGAACGGUUGUUAUGGACCGUAUUUCCUGAGCGAAUUCCAAAUGAUAUCCCAGACCACAAACGACGAAAUCCGAAUAAUAAUGAGAGGAGGUCGUGUGUACACGAAUCUAACGUGCUGGCAUGUCUAGAGCUCGUGGUUAGCGGACCUCUUGAAGGCAUUCAAGAACGAGCGCGAGUUGAGCAUGCGCUUUCCAAAACCACUAGGGAUGGUAACAUUCACAACGAUUACGCUGGCACCCUUGUCGACAGCACGUUGAUUAAGAAACAACUUCCUGGUAUCUAUGAGAUCAUAGUGUACGAUUGGAACACUCGCAGGAACGUUAAUGGAAAGCUGCUGAAAACUUCUAAAGCCGUGGUGCAGAUUUACCGCGGCAACGAUUUGUGGGGUCAGUUCUACGUUCCAAAUCAAGAUGGCAAUACCUGGAUCGUGGCAAAUAUUACUGGCUCGGACCUAAUUGCCACCAACCAAGUAACAACAAUCUUACACCAAAUGGAGGAAAGGUCACAUUAAAAGCGACAGGACAUAUUCCGGCUCAUCAGAUACAUGCAGCAUCAAUUCAGGCUCUCCGUUUUAUUCUGAGUAUUGGAUAAGCCCGGAAACGACCGUAAUUUGCGUCAAAAUUAAAACAAAAUUGCUUCAUUAGUCCUGCAAUGUUUUUUCAUCUUAAAAGCUCAUCCCAUGAGUUUUGUUAACAAUUUUUAUUGUACAACCACUUUCUGCUCCUAACCCGCACUGCGGAU